GGGGGCCGACGAUAUAUCAGGCGAUGAAGAUGGUGCAGUUGUGGAGGAUUGCAAGGCAGACGACGGGGCCGGUAACGACGACGAGGAGGACGACGAGGAGAUGGAGAUUCGUCCAGUAGGGAGAAAGCGGGGAGGGUCGAGGGCCGCGAAGAAGUUGCCGGAAACGCGCACGGGGCGGAGGGGGAAGAAGGGUGUGGAAGAUGCGUCGGCUGGCGAGGGAUCGAAAAGCCGGGAUUUUUGGACCGUGGAGCACAUGAUUGCUCUCAUCUGGGCAAAAAGAGACCAGGAUUCACAUCUUGCCGGCCUCGCGCACACCACGGGAAGGAUGAAGACGAAGACAUGGAAGUGGGACGACGUGGAGAAGAGGCUGGUGCACAUGGGGGUCACGAGUAGAAAGGCCGUCGAUAGCGGGAAGAAAUGGGACAACCUAUACCAGCAAUUCAAAACCGUGCAUAAGUUUAUGGGAGAAUCGGGGAAGCCAAAUUUCUUCACACUAACGCCAGGCGAGAGGAAGGAGCGGGGGUUCGAUUUCAGGAUGGAUGAGCGUGUGUAUUCGGAGAUGGCGGCGAUGACCAGGAGCGAUCACACCAUACACCCCACCAAUCUCGCCGACACCGGUGCGACUGGAGGUGUUCAAAUGCCCGGCCCACACGGAGGUAGGAAUAAAUCCGGCGGUAGUGAGGGGGGCGGGGAAGGACAGGACGACGAUCAGGGGUCCACGAGGGAUUCUAUCAGCGGCGGUGGUGUUGGCAGGGGCAACAAACGGAAGAAUGUGAGACAACAGACCUUCGACACGAUUGCAGACGUGAUGAAGGAGCACGGGAGUCUGAUGGCGACAACCGUGGACAACGCGAGCAAGAGACAGUGCUCAAUUCCGACUAGGCAGUGUGACAUUCUGGAGCGAGAGGUUGAAGUGCAGAAGGAACACUACAUGCCCCCACGGGGCGCCUCGGCAAGGGGCAGGAAAGAUGGCAGGGUGGGCGACAAUGGGGAAACCAACAAAGGCAGAGGCCACAUACCGAAGUCGAAAAGGCAGCGCAUCGAUGACGCCAGCUCCUCACAAACUGAUGACUUCCUCGCAGACGAAGUGGCUAUCGUGGACGCGCAAGGGACGACAGGGGUCGCGAGGUUGGGUUUCGGUCGGGAUGGAGUGUCGAGGGAGCAACUGCAAGCAGUGAAAUGCAGCGUUGUUGGCGGUGCUGCCGAGACGAUGCCAAGGACCCCAAACACGGCAGGGGUUGUCGUCACGGGCGCGCGGAUCGCAGGACAACUUUCGGCGGCGCCAGGCCAAGGUCAGCCAUGUCAGCCACUCCCCCUGCAACACGUGUUGGCAUCAGGGGGAGGGCACACGGCGACCUCGCAAAAGGGCGACGCGACGGCUAGCACCAGUCGGACGGCGGCGGCAGAUCACAUAGCUAAAGGCGGAGUCGUCGAAUGUGCGGAAAAGGGGGGGGUCGACGACGUUGGCCGUGACGAUGGCCGAAGAGACGGAAAGCGGGAGGGCAAUGACGGCGACGACCGUCCACUUGUGCCGAGGGGGAAGGGAGCGCCGAAGGAGGAUGAGCUGGAAGAGAAGGCCAAGUUGUGGGUUGAUUGCGACGCUUUCUGGGGUCAGGGUCCCGGAAAACCUCUAAGGGAGGCGGUAGGCGAAUGCACCGACUACUUCGUCGCCAUCGCCAACGGAGACGCAGGAGCUGAGCCGCCUUCGAUGCUCAUUAUGCCGCCGAAUGACGUGCCGCGCUUCAAGAUCGACGACCCGGCGCAGCGUGAGCCGGCUCUCUGCAGAGUGCGCAGCGUGGAGAGAGUAGUGUUGCGCACCAUCUAUGGUUGGAUCUUUAACUCGCAGUCGCGGUCGACUGGCUUCUCUCGUGCUGAGUCCUACACCACCGUCGACUUCGCCACGGACCUCGCACGAGCAGUUUUGCAGGCCUUGGAAUGGUCGAGAGUGGUAUCCCCUGCACUCGUCUACUACACGUUGGCGAUGAAGAUGGACGUGCCUCUGUGGUUCGCGGGGGGUGAAGAUUGAGGACCGCCCGGAAGACGACGACAUAGCGGUGCGGCAGGAGGCGAUAGUUCUUCUGCUGGCGGAGUGCUGGACAGAUGCACUC